AUGCUCCGCGGGCAGACACUCCCCUGGAGAGCUGCGCUCCAUCAAACAUCUCGCCCUCUCCUACGCAAGCCUUUCAUUGCUUCAUGCGGCUAUCAUGUCGGUUUUCGGUCGGCAUUGACAUCGGCCCGCUUUUCUGCUCGUUCUCUUGCAACUCCUCGCAGCUUCUCUUCAAGUGCGGUCCAGCGGAAAGACAAACCACCUCCCGAGGAAGAAAAGGACGAUAAUGAACAGGAAAAGGAUGAAGACUCACGACGGAUUGACAAAAGCAUAGAUCGGGGCACCGAGUCUAGAAGAAAAGCAGUCGAUGCAGGGAAAGCGACUGGGCCGGCUAGCUUCAUGAAGCGGAAAGAUCGCUCUGCUGGCGCACAAGCACAAGAUCAGCGCAGCUUGGAGGAAGAAGCAAAGAAAGACGUCAACAUUGCCGAUGGAAAAGCCGAUUCCAAUCAGACGCCAUCGCCCAUUCCUCUAAACAAUAGUUCGACUGACUCCAAACCUAGCGCUGCUGGUAGUGGGGGCAGUGAUGGCAAUGAUGAGGGCGGCAAGAAGGGAAAGAAGAACGCGGGCGACAAGGCAUUACAAACAACUGCAGUCCCAGAAGUUUAUCCUCAAAUUAUGGCGAUUCCCAUCGCCAAGCGCCCCCUUUAUCCGGGAUUCUACAAGGCUAUCACCAUCCGUGAUCCGAACGUCGCCGCUGCCAUCGCAGACAUGAAGAAGCGGGGUCAGCCUUAUGUCGGUGCGUUCUUAUUCAAAGACGACGCCGCUGAUGGUGAUGUCAUUGAGAACCUCGAGGAUGUCUAUGACACUGGAGUCUUCGCACAAGUUACGGCGUCUUACCCCCUCCGCGGCGAGGCGGGCGGUAUCACCGCCAUACUGUAUCCUCAUCGGCGCAUUAAGAUAUCAUCACUGCUUCCUCCCAACGAAACCAAGAAUGAUGGUACUGCUGUCGACGAGAAGGAUAAGGAUUCCGAAAGGAAAGGUGAUGUCGUUGCGAGCUUCGAAGAGAAGAUUCCCGACAACUCUCCCAAGGAUCACUACGAGCCCACUUCUUUCCUUCGCAAAUAUCCUGUCAGUUUGGUCAACGUCGAAAAUCUUGUAGAAGAACCUUUUGACAAGAAGAGCAAAAUCAUCCGUGCUGUGAUAAACGAGAUCGUGAACGUCUGCAAGGAGAUUGCCACCCUGAAUCCGCUAUUCCGCGAUCAAAUCUCUGCCUUCUACACUGAUCAAUUCCCUGGAAAUCUCAAUGAUGAGCCGGCGAAGUUAGCAGACUUUGCUGCCGCUGUCUCUGCUGGCGAGUCACAGGAGAUGCAGGAAGUGCUCGAGACGAUGAACAUCGAAGAGCGUCUGUCUAAAGCCCUGGUUGUCCUCAAGAAGGAGUUGAUGAACGCACAGCUUCAGGCGAAGAUCACCAAGGACGUGGAGGAGAAGAUUCAAAAGCGUCAGCGCGAGUAUUGGCUCACGGAACAGUUGAAGGGUAUCAAGCGAGAACUCGGCACCGAAGAUGCGAGAGAGAAGCUCGUGGAGAAGUUCAAGCAGAAGGCAGAGAAAUUGGCGUUACCAGAAGCUGUGAAGAAGGUCUUUGACGAAGAGAUCAAUAAGCUCGCUCAUCUCGAGCCCGCGGCAUCGGAGUAUAACGUCACUCGAAACUACCUUGACUGGCUGACCCAAAUUCCAUGGGGACAGAAGAGUGUAGAAAAUUUCGGGAUUCAACAUGCUGUUAGCGUUCUGGAUGAAGAUCACUAUGGUCUGAAAGAUGUCAAGGAUCGGAUUCUCGAGUUCAUCGCUGUCGGCAAGCUUCGUGGCACCGUUGAAGGCAAGAUUCUCUGUCUGGUAGGCCCUCCUGGAGUGGGUAAGACCAGCAUUGGAAAAUCUGUUGCCCGCGCGCUCAAUCGACAAUAUUACCGCUUCUCAGUCGGGGGCUUGACUGACGUGGCCGAGAUCAAGGGCCACCGUCGUACCUACGUCGGAGCGCUUCCUGGUCGAAUUAUCCAGGCCCUCAAGAAAUGCCAGACGGAAAAUCCUUUGAUCCUUAUCGAUGAGAUUGACAAAAUCGGCCGAGGCCAUCAAGGCGAUCCAUCCUCCGCUCUUCUUGAGCUGCUUGAUCCCGAACAGAAUUCUUCGUUCUUAGAUCAUUACAUGGAUGUUCCUGUAGACCUAUCCAAGGUUCUCUUCGUUUGCACGGCAAACGUCACGGACACCAUUCCAAGACCUCUCCUUGAUCGUAUGGAGCUUAUCGAGCUUUCCGGUUACGUUGCGGAUGAAAAGAUGGCUAUCGCUCAACGGUACCUCGCACCGGCAGCUAAGGAAUUGUCAGGAUUGAAGGAUGUGGACGUAACUCUUCAAGAAGAGGCAGUUGAAGAAUUGAUCAAAUCCUACUGCCGCGAGAGCGGAGUUCGCAACCUCAAAAAACAAAUCGAGAAGGUCUAUCGGAAAGCUGCCUUCAAGAUUGUCCAAGACCUGGGUGAGGAUGCACUCCCUGAAGAAGCCGCCUUGACCGACGAGGGUAAGGCUGCUUUGGAGGAGACCAAGGGGAACGAGCCUGUGGAUCCUUCAGAUCCUCCUCUGGAGCCGGAGAAGUCGACCGCUGAAACCCCCCGUCAUGCCCUCAAAGUGCCAGAGAACGUCCAUCUUAGCAUCGGCAAAGACACAUUGAAGGACUACGUUGGCCCGCCUGCCUUUACUGCUGAUCGCCUUUACGAAAAGUUCCCGCCUGGUGUCACGAUGGGUCUCGCUUGGACCAGCAUGGGCGGAGCCGCUCUUUACGUCGAGUGUAUUCUAGAGAAUUCCCUAAAGUAUCACUCUCGUCCUGGCCUAGAGAUCACCGGUAACUUGCAGAAUGUGAUGAAGGAGUCUUCUCACAUCGCCUAUUCCUUUGCCAAGUCUGUCAUGGCUCGCGACUUUUCGGAAAACCUCUUCUUUGAAAAGGCCAAGAUUCACCUUCAUUGCCCUGAGGGUGCUGUGCCGAAGGACGGACCCUCGGCGGGUAUCACAAUGGCUAGCGCCCUACUUUCCUUGGCCUUGGAUCACCCUCUUGACCCCACCGUUGCCAUGACUGGAGAGUUGACGGUGACCGGCAAGGUCCUUCGCAUUGGUGGUUUGCGAGAGAAGACCGUUGCGGCUCGUCGGGCCGGUGCCACCAAGGUUAUUUUCCCAGCUGACAACAUGGCCGAUUGGCUCGAGCUUCCCGAGAAUAUCAAGGAGGGCAUCGAAGGGCACCCAGUCAGCUGGUACUCGGAGGUCUUCGAGCUGCUCUUUGGCGACCUUGACCGAGGUGCUGCUCGCACUCUUUGGCAAAAGGCCCUUUCCAAACCUGCUCAAGGCAAGAGUGAGCGACAUGGCGAAAGUGACGAGUAA